AUGAGUGCUAAAGCAAUAGCACUUAUACUGGUUUCCUUUCUGGCUAGCCUUCCAAUGAGUGCAGCUCAAACUGGGUCGGGCACGUUUCUGCUGAGCAACGAUGGCGUUUGGCCUGCUGGCUCUACCCAGACAGUCACUCUCAUGACAAUCAUGACUACAAGAAAAAAGCUGUAUGUCGAUAAUAUGUCACUUUUACUAGGUGGAGCUACUGUACCUAUCUGCCAGCGUCAGUUUGGAAACGCUGGUGGCUCGGCUUCUUGUUCCUUCACUGUGCCAGAUAACACUUCUCCCUCGACUGGAACCGUGUCUGCUCAGUAUGAAGAAUGUACAGAUAUUCUUGGUGGGCCUGCCUUUUGUUCGGGUCAGUCGAAUGCGAUCAGUAGUCCAGUAGCUGUUUUAGCAGUACUUUCUUCCACUACAGCGACAUCCGCUCGUACGACUACAUUGGCAUCACCCACAACUACAUCUGCAACUACCACGAUCACAUCUGCUCGUACAACCCUGUCGUCUACUUCAUCCAGUACCACUUCUACUGCCACUAAUGCAUCCAGUGCAGAUAGUAGUUCUGGAUCCACUGCAGCAAAUACGGGUAUUAUUGUUGGAUGUAUCAUUGGUGCGAUUGUUCUUCUGAUCAUACUUGGUAUGGUCAUUUGGCGCUGGCUGCGAGCCCGUAAUGGUAACAAGGAUAGCAAGAUUCAGUUGUAUAAUAGUUCGCUUGAUGCCAAGUCUGGGCCAGCUCCACUAGAUGCAGAGACUGCAGCCAGUAUUCGAGCUGCUGCUGCUGCUGCAGCCAUUGCCACUGGAAUGAACCGUGGUAGCGAGUCUGUGAGUGGGUCAGAACUGAAUCCAAUACGACCCAUAUCUAGCUCUACUGCUAAUGCAUUGACUCCAUCUGGAGCUCCAUCAUCCUCGACUGCAGCAACUAUUUCUACUAUGGUGCCUAUCGGUUCAUCAAAGGCUGCUUCACAUAAAGGAUCCGCUGUUUCGCUGACUCAAACUGGCAAUAUACACGUACCACCAGAACAUGUCCCUCCUAUGCCCACUAUGGUAUCCAUACCGGAGCAGCAAAUGCAGUAUGCACAAUACCCUGCUCAACCCUACUAUGGACAAUCCUAUUCUUCAGAGGCAGUAUCUGCUGCAGGUAUUCCAACCUCAAACUACUACCAACAAGCUUAUCCAGCACCUCACCCCAAUAUGGUCAUGAACUACGAUCCCAACUAUAACCCUCAGUUUGAUCCCUACUACAACCAUCAGUAUCAGCCUCAGUAUGAUCCUAAUUACAAUCCUCAGCUCCAUGGGCAGUAUGAUCCCCGACUCCCAAUGAUGUAUCCAGAUGCACAACAGCAGCAGGUGACAGCCUUCCCAAUGCAUCCAUACCCUCCCCAUUCAGGGUAUACAUCUCCACCACCAGAACAGUCCAUACCAACUCUUGAACAGACACAACCUUAUCCUCAUGCUCAGUCACCUACGCAUUAG